CCCCGAUCAUCAUCAUCAACCUUUGAUCACCCUCAGAAAUGGUCCGCUACGCAUUCGACGACUCCAAGGUUCCCGAGAAGACUUCCAAGUCUCGCGGAGAGUACCUCCGAGUGCACUUCAAGAACACUCAUGAGGUCAUUGCCGCCAUCAACGGCAUGAAGCUGUCCAAGGCUUACAUCUACCUCAACAACGUUACCGAGCGAAAGCAGUGCAUUCCCUUCAGGAAGUUCAACGGUGGUGUUGGCCGAACACAGCAGGCUGGAGAGUUCAAGACUACCCAGGGUCGAUGGCCCGUCAAGUCGGUCAAGUUCGUCCUGAGCCUGCUGAAGAACGCCGAGGCCAAUGCCGAGGGCAAGGGUCUGGAGACUGAGGACCUUGUCAUCCGCAACAUCAACAUCAACCAGGCCCCCAAGACCCGCCGUCGUACCUACCGUGCUCACGGUCGUAUCAACCCUUACCAGGGCCACCCCUGCCACAUUGAGAUCCACCUGAUGGAGCCCGCUGCCGAGGUGUCGAAGGCGGACUCGUCUGCCCUUGUGCGCCCUGCCAACAAGCGUCAAUUGGCCCAGCGCCGAAUUGCUGCUGGCCGUGCUUAGAUGGAGCGGUUGGGUUCGACAUGAUCAUUGAGACUGUACUUUAGCAGUCAGGCUGGUGUUGUGCGAGGCCGAGUGACGAGCGAGGGUCAAAGCGAGUGGGAUUCGAGGCAGACAUUGUGUAGAUGGGCAGGGGCGAGCAGGCGUCCUCUCAAUGGCUCGCUACUCUCCCGAGCCGUUUCCCAUGCUACCUGGCUUUCCAUUCUCUUGCCCAUUAUGGGUCUCUUGUGUACAUUGCACUCUCCUUCAUUCUUUCUCUCUCACACACCAAAACCACCUGCAUUUUGACACACGCAA